UUAAGCUUUAUAAAGAUUUUGUGUGGAAGUGCAAUAGACAUUAGAAAGUGGCAACGAAUUUGCAAUGGUAUAUUCCCCGAGAAGAAAUCUGGGUUCUCCGUGCCUGUUUCAGUGGCUUCUGCUUCUUGCGUCCUGGGAGACAGGGAGCGGCCACGUCCGCUACUCGGUCCCCGAGGAGGCCAAACACGGCACGUUCGUGGGCCGCAUCGCCCAGGACCUGGGGCUGGAGCUGGCGGAGCUGGUGCCGCGCCUGUUCCGGGUGGCGUCCAAGGACCACGGGGACCUGCUGGAGGUGAAUCUGCAGAAUGGCAUUUUGUUUGUGAAUUCUCGGAUCGACCGCGAGGCGCUGUGCGGGAAGAGCGCGGAGUGCAGCCUCCACCUGGAGGUGAUCGUGGACCGGCCGCUGCAGGUUUUUUAUGUAGAUGUGGAGGUGAAGGACAUUAAUGACAACCCGCCUAGAUUCUUCAGAGAACAAAGAUUAUUUAUUUUGGAGUCAAGAAUUGUGGAUUCCCGGUUUCCACUAGAGGGCGCAUCUGAUAUGGAUAUCGGAGUAAAUGCAGAGUUGAGGUACAAGUUAAAUACUAAUGAAAAUUUUGACUUGGAUGUUAAAACAAAUGAAGAAACAACUACUUUGGGACUUGUUUUGAAGAAACCAGUAGAUAGAGAAGAAACACAACAACAUCAUUUAGUACUGAUUGCAAUUGAUGGAGGAAAACCUGAAUUAACAGGUACAGUUCAAUUAUUGAUUACUGUGUUGGAUGCAAAUGAUAACGCGCCAGAAUUUGAGAAAUCAGUUUAUAAUGUUAGAUUACUGGAAAGUGCUCCAAAUGGUACGUUAGUUAUUAAACUGAAUGCUUCUGAUGCAGAUGAGGGCAUUAAUAAGGAAAUAGUUUACCUCUUUAGUAAUCUUGUUCUUGACGAAGUAAAAUCUAAAUUUAUAAUAAAUUCGAAUAGUGGAGAAAUAAGGGUAAAUGGAGAAUUGGAUUACGAAGAUUGUAAAUUAUAUGAAAUUAAUAUUGAUGCUGUAGACAAAAGUGCAUUCCCGUUAACUGGACAUUGUAAAGUAAUAGUAAAAAUCCAGGAUGAGAAUGAUAAUACUCCGAAGAUUUUCCUAACCUCACUAUCUUUGCCAGUCCAAGAAGAUGCUCCUCUGGGUACCGUGAUAGCUUUGAUCAGCGUGUCUGACCGCGACUCUGGUGCCAAUGGACAAGUCACCUGCUCACUAAAUCCAAAUAUUCCAUUCAAACUGGUGUCCACCUAUACGAACCGCUAUUCCCUGGUGCUGGACAGCGCCCUGGACCGCGAGAACGUGUCGAGCUACCAGGUGGUGGUGACGGCGAGGGACGGGGGCUCGCCCGCGCUGUGGGCCACGGCCAGCGUGUCGGUGGAGGUGUCGGACGUGAACGACCACGCGCCCGCGUUCGCGCAGCCCGAGUACACGGUGUUCGUGAAGGAGAACAACGCGCCGGGCUGCCACAUCUUCACGGUGUCGGCGCGCGACGCGGACGCGCAGGAGAACGCGCGCGUGUCGUACGCGCUGGUGGAGCGGCGCGUGGGCGAGCGCGCGCUGUCGAGCUACGUGUCGGUGCACGCGGAGAGCGGCCAGGUGUUCGCGCUGCAGCCCCUGGACCACGAGGAGCUGGAGCUGCUGCGCUUCCAGGUGAGCGCGCGCGACGCGGGCGUGCCUCCGCUGGGCAGCAACGUGACGCUGCAGGUGUUCGUGCUGGACGAGAACGACAACGCGCCCGCGCUGCUGCCGGCGGGCGCGCUGGGGGGCGCGCGCGGCGAGCUGGUGUCGCGCUCGGUGGGCGCGGGCCACGUGGUGGCGAAGGUGCGCGCCGUGGACGCGGACUCGGGCUACAACGCGUGGCUGUCGUACGAGCUGGCGCCGUGGGCGGGCGGCGCGCGCAGCCCGUUCCGCGUGGGGCUGUACACGGGCGAGAUCAGCACGACGCGCGGCCUGGACGAGGCGGACGCGGCCCGCCAGCGCCUGCUGGUGCUGGUGAAGGACCACGGCGAGCCGGCGCUCACGGCCACGGCCACGGUGCUGCUGUCGCUGGUGGAGAGCGGCCAGGCGCCCCAGGCGGCGCCGUCGCGCGUGGCGGUGGCGGGCGCGGCGGCGGCGGCGCUGGUGGACGUGAACGUGUACCUGAUCGUGGCCAUCUGCGCCGUGUCCAGCCUGCUGGUGCUCACGCUGCUGCUGUACAGUGCGCUGCGCUGCUGGGCGCCGGGCCGCGGGGCGGCGAGCGCGGAGGCCAAGCCCCCCGUGGUGUGCGCCAGCGCGGUGGGGAGCUGGUCGUCUUCGCAGCAGAGGCGGCAGAGGGUGUGCUCGGGGGAGGGUCCCCCCAAGGCGGACCUCAUGGCCUUCAGCCCUAGUGUACCUGACUGUAGAGAUGGAGAACAGCAUCCUGAAGUUGCAGAUUCCUUUAAAAAGUCAGGGAGCGGCCAGGUCCACUACUCGGUCCCCGAGGAGGCCAAACACGGCACGUUCGUGGGCCGCAUCGCCCAGGACCUGGGGCUGGAGCUGGCGGAGCUGGUGCCGCGCCUGUUCCGGGUGGCGUCCAAGGACCACGGGGACCUGCUGGAGGUGAAUCUGCAGAAUGGCAUUUUGUUUGUGAAUUCUCGGAUCGACCGCGAGGCGCUGUGCGGGCGGAGCGCGGAGUGCAGCCUCCACCUGGAGGUGAUUGUGGACCGGCCGCUGCAGGUUUUCCAUGUGGAGGUGGAGGUGAAGGACAUUAAUGACAAUCCGCCAAGAUUCUUCAGAGAACAAAGAUUAUUUAUCUUGGAGUCAAGAAUUGUGGAUUCCCGGUUUCCACUAGAGGGCGCAUCUGAUAUGGAUAUCGGAGUAAAUGCAGAGUUGAGGUACAAGUUAAAUACUAAUGAAAAUUUUGACUUGGAUGUUAAAACAAAUGAAGAAACAACUACUUUGGAACUUGUUUUAAAGAAAACAUUAGAUAGAGAAGAAACGCCACAACAUCACUUAGUACUGAUUGCAAUUGAUGGAGGAAAACCUGAAUUAACAGGUACAGUUCAAUUAUUGGUUACUGUGUUGGAUGCAAAUGAUAACGCGCCAGAAUUUGAUAAACCAGUUUAUAAUGUAAGAUUACUGGAAAGUGCUCCAAAUGGUACGUUAGUUAUUAAACUGAAUGCUUCUGAUGCAGAUGAGGGCAUUAAUAAGGAAAUAGUUUACUUCUUUAGUAACCUUGUUCUUGACGAAGUAAAAUCUAAAUUUAUAAUUAAUUCGAAUAGUGGGGAAAUAAGAGUAAAUGGAGAAUUGGAUUACGAAGAUUGUAAAUUAUAUGAAAUUAAUAUUGAUGCUGUAGACAAAAGUACAUUCCCAUUAACUGGACACUGUAAAGUAAUAGUAAAAAUCCUGGAUGAGAAUGAUAAUACUCCGAAGAUAGACCUAACCUCACUAUCUCUGCCAGUCCAAGAAGAUGCUCCUCUGGGUACCGUGAUAGCCUUGAUCAGCGUGUCUGACCGCGACUCUGGUGCCAAUGGACAAGUCACCUGCUCACUAAAUCCAAAUAUGCCCUUCAAGCUGGUGUCCACCUACAAGAACUACUAUUCCCUGGUGCUGGACAGCGCCCUGGACCGCGAGAACGUGUCGAGCUACCAGGUGGUGGUGACGGCGAGGGACGGGGGCUCGCCCCCGCUGUGGGCCACGGCCAGCGUGUCGGUGGAGGUGUCGGACGUGAACGACCACGCGCCCGCGUUCGCGCAGCCCGAGUACACGGUGUUCGUGAAGGAGAACAACGCGCCGGGCUGCCACAUCUUCACGGUGUCGGCGCGCGACGCGGACGCGCAGGAGAACGCGCGCGUGUCGUACGCGCUGGUGGAGCGGCGCGUGGGCGAGCGCGCGCUGUCGAGCUACGUGUCGGUGCACGCGGAGAGCGGCCAGGUGUUCGCGCUGCAGCCCCUGGACCACGAGGAGCUGGAGCUGCUGCGCUUCCAGGUGAGCGCGCGCGACGCGGGCGUGCCUCCGCUGGGCAGCAACGUGACGCUGCAGGUGUUCGUGCUGGACGAGAACGACAACGCGCCCGCGCUGCUGCCGGCGGGCGCGCUGGGGGGCGCGCGCGGCGAGCUGGUGUCGCGCUCGGUGGGCGCGGGCCACGUGGUGGCGAAGGUGCGCGCCGUGGACGCGGACUCGGGCUACAAUGCGUGGCUGUCGUACGAGCUGGCGCCGUGGGCGGGCGGCGCGCGCAGCCCGUUCCGCGUGGGGCUGUACACGGGCGAGAUCAGCACGACGCGCGGCCUGGACGAGGCGGACGCGGCCCGCCAGCGCCUGCUGGUGCUGGUGAAGGACCACGGCGAGCCGGCGCUCACGGCCACGGCCACGGUGCUGCUGUCGCUGGUGGAGAGCGGCCAGGCGCCCCAGGCGGCGUCGUCGCGCGUGGCCGUGGCGGGCGCGGCGGCGGCGGCGCUGGUGGACGUGAACGUGUACUUGAUCGUGGCCAUCUGCGCCGUGUCCAGCCUGCUGGUGCUCACGCUGCUGCUGUACAGUGCGCUGCGCUGCUGGGCGCCGGGCCGCGGGGCGGCGAGCGCGGAGGCCAAGCCCCCCGUGGUGUGCGCCAGCGCGGUGGGGAGCUGGUCGUCUUCGCAGCAGAGGCGGCAGCGGGUGUGCUCUGGGGAGGGUCCCCCCAAGGCGGACCUCAUGGCCUUCAGUCCCAGCCUUCCUCAGGGUCCAGGAUCUACAGAUACUAACGAAAUAUAA